AUGGCAAUGUAUAAUAACACCACGUCGUUUAACCCGAUCAAUGUCGAUAUUAGACCAUGGAGCUGGUUACAGGUAUGUCAAUGUGUUUUCGCAGUGACGGGCAUCAUAGGUAACAGUUUAGUAUGUGCGGCGUUUGGCAGAUUUCCAAAACUGCGGACCAUAACGAACCAUUUUCUGGUGAGCUUAGCUACAGCUGAUUUGAUAACAUCGGUGGUUAUCGUGCCGUUGCCAGUGCCUACAAGCAUCUCUCCAGGACUGAUUGGGGAACUGUAUUGUCGAUUUAUCUGGUCUAAAUUUUUACUCUGGGUAUCUAUAAAAGCAUCAGUGUUCAAUCUCGUUGCUGUAACCAUUGAGCGAUACUACGCUCUUAUGCACCCCGGACGGUAUAACCGAUAUUUUACGAGAAAGCGCACUAAGCUCGUCGUUGCGCUUGUCUGGGUCUUUGCCCUAUUACUCAAUGUGUUCAUACUCUUCAUCAACACCAAUGCAGAGAACACGCGACAGUGUGAGAUCAUACGCACCGACACCAGUUUCGAGUCUAUAUACGGUGUUUUUAACCUGAUAGUUACUUUUUUUCUACCCGUCACCACCAUGAUCGUAGUGUAUACAAGAAUCUUUAAAUCGAUGAAGAAACAAGCUGCCAUUUUACUGAAAAAGAACACAUCGCGCAACAGCCCUGCGCUGUCAUUGCUGAGAGCUCGCCAGAAAGUGGUGAAAACUCUGUUUCUGGUUGUCAUGAUAUUUACAGCGUGUUGGGCGCCAGACCAGGUGUGCUAUCUGCUUUUUUCGCUGGGAUAUUUCACCCAUUACCAUGCCAGCCAAGUGUUUCAACUGUUCGUUCUGAUGGCGUUCUGUAAUUCGUGUGUCAACCCUAUAAUAUACGGCCUGAGAAACAAACAAAUACGCACCGGGUAUAAGGCACUGUUUGCAAAAGACGCCACAAGUGCCAAAUUUGAUAAUGAAUCUCAAAUGCAUCCACAUACUUAA